UUCUACCCGGACGGCUGAGCACGGUGCGCUGCGCUGAUCUGUAGACUGUGCGGAUGGGCCUGUGCGGCGCAGAUCCUGCGGGAGCAGCGUGGACUCUCAGCGCUCCGACGGCUUCAGUCUGCGGGAGGUUCCUCACAGACUUUCAUAACUUUAAACACCAACAACCGAGUAAACAGCUGAACCAGCCCGGCGGUACAGCAGCGACCACCAGACCACACCAUGCCCCAAACCAGCAAACUCCUCUGGGAUCUGAGGAACCGCUCCCUCGGCAUGGAUCAGAACAGUAAUGUAGUGCGGGCGGGUUAUUUAGGCACACAAGAGUUUGUCCAAAGGCUAAAACUUGAAGCUUCCCUACCUGUCCAUGAGGGUUGUGUAAAUACAAUAUGCUGGAAUGCUAACGGUGAAUACCUCCUAUCAGGAUCAGAUGAUACCAAUCUCGUCAUCACAAAUGCCUACACUAGGAAGGUCCAUGUUAAAGUCCCGUCUAAUCAUCAAGCCAAUAUUUACAGUGCAAAAUUCAUGCCAGAGUCCUGUGAUAACUGGAUUGUUUCCUCAGCUGGCGAUGGAAGCAUCCAUUAUACCAACAUCCUCAGAAGCCCUAACAUCACUCAGUACAAGUUCACCUGCCAUAAUAGCACAGUGUAUGAGAUUCUUACAGUUCCCAGUGACCCACACACGUUUCUCUCUUGUGGAGAGGAUGGAACGGUCCGCUGGUUUGACGUCAGAUUAAAAAAGGAAUGCAGCAAAAGCAGAUGCAGUGAUGAUGUUCUAAUAAAAUGCCGCAGAGCAGUCAGCUCCAUGGCCGUCUCUCCGGUGGAGCCCUUUUAUCUGGCUCUGGGCUGCUCUGAUAGCUCAGUGCGCUUAUACGACAGGAGGAUGCUGGGCACCAUCACUACAGGAAGUUUCUCUAAUGCUGGAACUACAGGGGUCUGCCUGCGCUUCGUACCUCCUCACCUGACCACCAGGUCGUGCCGUGUGACCUCGCUGUGCUACAGUGCUGACGGGCAGGAGGUGCUCGCCAGCUACUCCUCAGAUUACAUCUACCUGUUUGACCCCAAAGAUGACCGAGCCUCCAAGUUAAAGGGGCUGUCUGACAGCGAGAGGGAGGAGCUAAAGCUGCAGCAGCCGCCUGUGAAGCGGCUGAGACUGAGAGGGGAUUGGUCAGACACUGGCCCUAGGGCACGCCCUGAAAGUGAGAGACAACAAAAUGGGGAGUUUAACUCGAAUGUGUCGCUGAUGCAGAGGAUGUCAGGCAUGUUGUCUCGUUGGUUUGAGGAAGCCAGUGAGGCUCAGAAUAACAGGGCUCAGUCUCGUUCACGCUCAAGAGCCACUGCUGCAGCUCAGAUUGGGUCCAGUGCUGAGAGGGAUAGAGAGGCCACUGCAGAGCACCAGCCUCCUCUGAGCUCUGAAUCAACUGCAGGAAACUCCUCAUCACCGUCCUCCUCAUCUCAAAGUGCACAGCAUGGAGCACUAUCCACCUCAGCAGAACCAGUGAUCAGUCUUCACUACAGUGCAGAGGGAACCACCACCAGCACCAUCAAACUAGACAUCGCUCACCAGUGGAGUGAAACUGGGCCAGGCAGUCGACCCCAGAGCAGCAGGAGGAACAGUGAAGGAGAGAGCAGCAGGGCAGGACAGGACAUGGAGCAAAGCCAGCCAGCAGAGUUGAGUCGACACCAUCAUGCAACCUUGCAAGAGACAGUCUCAGAUGACAGUGAUGAUGAGACAGUACACACCCCAUCUGUGCCCAUCCUCAGAGGUCCAGGUGAAAGAAUCAGCUUCAGGGGAUCAGCAAUAGGUGAACGUGUUCUCAGACGUACAGCAGCCGCCAGGAUUCAGGAGAUUUUCCGUAGAAGAAAGGAGCGGAAGGAGAUCGCCGAGACUGAGGCCCUUAAUAUCAAAAGACCUGAAGCCAAAAUGUGUUUCAAGGGACACCGGAACUCUAGAACCAUGAUUAAAGAGGUGUGUUUUUGGGGCGACAACUUUGUCCUGAGUGGUUCAGACUGCGGACACAUCUUCAUAUGGGACCGCCACACUGGAGAGCAUGUGAUGUUACUGGAGGCUGAUAAUCAUGUCGUGAACUGCCUGCAGCCACACCCAUAUGAGCCAUUGCUGGCAUCGUCUGGAAUUGAUUAUGAUAUAAAAAUCUGGUCACCAAUGGAAGAGUUUCCUUCGUUUGACAGGGAGCUGACUGAGGAAGUGAUCCUGCGUAAUGAACUGAUGCUGGAGGAAAACAGAAACACUGUAACUGUCCCGGCAUCAUUCAUGCUCAGGAUGCUGGCCUCCCUUAGCCACAUCAGGACAGAUCGAUUGGAAGGAGAUCCAUUAGAAGGCCAAGGACAAGAGAUUGAUGACGAUUGAAGACUGAUUUAUAUAAGUAACCUCAUUAGAAUUUGAGUUAUUUAUUUUUAUUUAUACAUAUUUGUAUUGGUAUUUAUUUAUAGACUAGAUGACCUAAUAAUGCCUUUGUGAAUAUUUACCUACCGGUAUUUGUCUUCCACAGACUCUUGUCUGAUAUGUGACUAUUAGCAAUAGUGAAUAAGUGUGUUUUGAUAUUCAAUACUCAUCAUAUAUAAUUAUUAGGGCAACAAAUAAAUAUGCAGAAAGGUUUAUUGAAUAAAUAAACAGCACUUAUUUUUGAUGUGCAGAAUAUUUUUAAAAGAUUUAAAAGAUUCAACAUGAUUUAUGCUUAUGAUUGUUAAUAGACAAUGCCUUUCUGAAUCGUGUUGAUAUAUAUAUAUAUAUAUAUAUAUAUAUAUAUAU